AUGUUCAACUCGGCUUGGAAACGCUAUCGAUUAAAUCGCUUGCGGUCACGAGACCAAUCGAACAGUGAGUCCACUCAGUCCACUGAAGGAUUCAGUCAGUUUACUCAGUCUAGCGCGGCCGGAUCGAUUGAAUGCGGUCGUGCGGUCUCAUCGUCCCUGUUCUCCAAAUCGGUCACGCUUCUGUUGGCCCUGUCCGAUUCGUUACGUAGCACCCCGCUGGAUGAGUUUGGUCUGACUGCGGACACAGAUUUCGGUUCCACUGCGACCGGAAAAGUCAAUCGUGAACGUGCUCACGUUCUGCUUGGCCUAUAUGAUGCGUGUUUGGAAUUUGAAUUGAAAGCUCCGUUGGAGUCGAGUGGAGCAGGUGGAACGCAAACACCGGCAAAUGACUGGACACGAGUUCGCCAACUGUUCGCUCGCCGUGUACAGCUACGCAAUCUGGUUUAUGGAAAACUACCGCCGGUCACCGGUGGGUCCACGGGACACGGCAGUCUGCUUCUGGUUCCGGUCACUCUGCACGAUCGUUCUGUUCGACCGGGUCUGCUGGUUAUGGGCCUGAUCUCUGCGGCGGAUCAAGCUCGCUUGCCGCAGUUGCUCCGUUCCAGUUUUCACGCGGACGAGGCCGGUCCGGUUGCACAUCAUUUGCUGAUCACUAUUGCUGCUCGACUAUCUCACUUUGGUCAGUCAACACGCGGUCGCACUCCGUAUGCCUAUCGGGAUCAGCUAGUUCAAACACUAGUUCCUAUAUUACAACACGUCAUUCGUUAUUACAACCACAAACUGUCCUCACCGUAUGCAGAACCACCCGGUCCGAAUACUACCCGAUCAACUAACGGGAGUGACACAUCUAAUACAGAUGUAGAAGCAAGGAUUCGUGUUGGAGCCUCUGUAUCUGCCGCGGCACUAUCUGUUUUAGACAAUGCAUUCACUCUGGCUUUGGAACAGUUGGGUACCGGACGUUUGCAUCGCCUGAUCAGUCUGCUCUAUCCGGUGGUUUGUCAACCGCAAUAUCGUAACCCGCUACCCGGUCCGGAUGACGAGGUCGGAGAUGAACUGAUCAGCACUGGUGAGAGCCUGGAAGAUUCAGAGUCAAAUCACUCCAUAUCCGACGUCAGUCCGGCCCAAGCGUUGUCCUCACUUAUUAAACUAAUCAAGGGUUGGAUCACAAAUUUGCUUAACUCUGGUUGCAACGCUGCUGUGAGUGGCCCGCCAAAACCUGUGCAUCACGUAAUGGCCGCGACGCUUACCCGUGAUCUGGUAAUCCUGUUGCCUCUACUCGUCCGUCUCUGUCGUGCUCGGGCUCAGAUUGGGUCGGAUGAAGCCGGAACCACGGUCCCGAUGACUGCCAAUCCACUUGCCGGCUUGGAUCGAGUCCUGGCU